CAGGGAAGAUCGUAGCGAACGCACUCUCUUACGCACCCAAGCUAUCAACAUGUCUGGCCGUGGCAAAGGAGGAAAAGUUAAGGGAAAGGCAAAGUCCCGCUCGAACCGUGCCGGUCUGCAGUUCCCAGUUGGCCGUAUCCAUCGUCUGCUACGCAAAGGCAACUAUGCCGAGCGCGUCGGUGCUGGUGCACCAGUGUAUUUGGCUGCCGUAAUGGAAUAUUUGGCCGCUGAAGUGCUCGAGUUGGCAGGAAACGCUGCCCGAGACAACAAGAAAACGCGCAUCAUCCCGCGUCAUCUGCAGCUGGCCAUCCGCAACGAUGAGGAAUUGAACAAGCUGUUGUCCGGCGUCACCAUUGCUCAGGGUGGUGUGUUGCCGAACAUCCAAGCCGUGCUGCUGCCGAAGAAGACCGAGAAGAAGGCCUAAGCCUAUCGCGAAAUCAGCUUCUUUCAAUCUUCCGCCAAAAACCGUCCUUUUCAGGGCGACAAAUCAUUUCGCUAAAGAUUUCAUUUGACCAUUUCUGCUGAGCCCACUGCCAACGCAUUCUCAUACCGCAGGUAAAUCCAAUAAAGUGAGAAAUGCAGGAAAAUCCUUAACACGCACUCCAAAGUCAAAAGAGUUCAAAGACUCUAGCAGCGGCAAAUCGUAGUGAAAAAUGUUCAUAUUUUAAACCUGUGCCGUAUGUGAACUCCCACAUUAUUGUAAGGAGCAAUGGAUGAAACGUUAAAAAUAGAGUCGUCUACCUGUUUUUUCACCUGGGACGAACCUAUGAGCAAGAGAUAAUUUACAUCGAUCGUAAGGGAAUAUGGAUACCUGCCUUAUGUAGGUAGCAUCCAUGGCCUUGAACCGAUGUUUUUUUAAAUGAUUUUUUUUAAUACAAUUCGUAAACCGUUAUUCUGGAAUGCACCGAGCCCAUUGCAUUCCAAUGUAUGCGAAACCAUCUCAAAACACAUUCGUCAUCAACAGCAGCAGCAACAGCAUCAGAAACAAUCCAUACGAAAGAAACAUUAUUUACUCUUACCUGUUUCAGUACGCGGCAUGCACUUCUCUCCUUUCGGUUGCUCCCUCGAUGAACCAAUUUUACUGUUAUUCGGGUUUUUUUUCCGAACGAUGCUCACUGAUCACGAUAGAAACGCAAACUUGAACUUUCACCACGAUCCUUUUGACAAUCUUGUGUAUACACGAACUCAUGCACUUUCCUUCCGAAUCCAUGCAGCUCGAUCACUAAACUUCACUCACUAGUUUGUUCACUACUCACAUUCCAAUUGCACUGAAGUUUACCUCGAUCACGAUUUCGGAUCGCUGUCCCUGUCCACCGUCGAUGCCCGGUUUCGUACCGCUGCAGCCGCUCCAUAUUAUAAUAAAAAGAAGCAGCAGCAGCAGCAACAACAACUAUUUAAAUAUAGGAGCGCAUUUUUUUCUUCCCGGCCGACGGGAUUCACUGCACGCACUCCUCGCCCCCUCUCCCGGUUAACGCACCGGAAACGCACUUAUUCCACGCACUUCCAGGCCACUCACGCACAAUUCAGGGACACUAAAAUCGCUGUCCCUGUCCACCGCCGAUGCCCGGUUUCGUACCGCUGCAGCCGCUCCAUAUUAUAAUAAAAAGAAGCAGCAGCAGCAGCAACAACAACUAUUUAAAUAUAGGAGCGCAUUUUUUUCUUCCCGGCCGACGGGAUUCACUGCACGCACUCCUCGCCCCCUCUCCCGGUUAACGCACCGGAAACGCACUUAUUCCACGCACUUCCAGGCCACUCACGCACAAUUCAGGGACACUAAAAUCGCUGUCCCUGUCCACCGCCGAUGCCCGGUUUCGUACCGCUGCAGCCGCUCCAUAUUAUAAUAAAAAGAAGCAGCAGCAGCAGCAACAACAACUACUUUAAUAUAGGAGCGCAUUUUUUUCUUCCCGGCCGACGGGAUUCAAUGCACGCACUCCUCGCCCCCUUUUUCUGGGGAACGCAUCGGAAACGCACCGGAAACGUACUUUCAGUCCACUCACAUUUCUUUUCUUCCCGGCCGACGGGAUUCACUACACGCACUCCUCGCCCCCUCUCCCGGUGAACGCACCGGAAACGCACUUUCUACACACGCUCUGUUCAGGGACACUAAAAUAGUAGGAAAAAAUAUGAUCCUACAUGCAUUUCAUGCCACAGUGAAAAAAAUCACGGUAAGCGACGCCAAAAGUGUGGGCGGCGCAGUUUAAGCUUUUCACUGCACACUACACACACCACUUCACUGUAAAUUACUAAAACGCACACGCACACACACACACACGGACUAGUGAGCUCCACUAAACGCGGAAGAACCGGACCGAUCGACUGUACGAAGUAGACUGAACUCCGUUCGGUUCCUUGCAUAAUGAAAUACUAAUAUUGGAGUGAGAGUCGUGUCAGAGUUCGUGUCCUCUCUCUCUCGGUAUUAAGUAUCCCGAACACACAUACCUAGAUAAAAUGAUUGCCAGACUACUAGAAACGUUUUACCUAACGAAUUUUGCCACUCUUUUAAUGUUUUAUGCUUUUGCGUGUGCAAAUAUCAAUGUUCAAACCGUGCAAGGAACAAAACAUAUUUGUUGUAUAUAUGAGCAAAUUAAGUUACAUGCGCAUGAUUAUUCGAUAAGAAAAAAAACACGAUAAAUUUUAAUAAAUUUUGAAAGGUCAAAACCGAAAAUCUUUCCGAAAUCGUUUGUGGUAGCCUUAAGAAAGACUGAUUUUAUGUUACGCUUUAUGUUUAGCGUAAGAAACAGCAACGAAUUUGCAAAGUUUUGAAAUCGGGAGGGCACAAAUUUUAACAUGCCUUAAAACGGACACCCAAGCGCGGACGAAAUGUGCCUUCCAUUGUCCUUCUCUCCAGCUACGAAAUUAGUGCGAAUUUUCACUAAGGAAUUGCAUCUCGCUCUAACUUACGCGCUCUCUUUCGUUGCGUUGGUGUGUGAGUACACUUGCACUUAACGGUAUUUCUCAUCGGGUGAAAUUAUAUUUG